AUGUCAUGCCGGCCGAUACUGCGCGACCUCCGGUGUCGAAACGACAUCGUCUGCCGCUCAUGUCUGGCUGGUCGCGCAAAGCAGCCUCCACUGGUAUGGCGGCCGGCUUCAUACAGCACCCAGGCCUCUCAAACCGCGAGUAAAGCAAGGCUACGACCUCGACCACGGCCCAAUGAAGACAUUACACGCCAGCCAACAAAAGAGGAGUUGGCUCGUUACCUGGAAGGCCUCAAAAAUCUGCGGACUCCAGACAAGGCAAAGGCCAAUGUGGAGGACUUUUCUGUCCGAUUCUUCGAGCAGGGCGACCAAAACCGGAAAGAGUUAACCAACGAACAAGCGUUUGAGGAUUCCUUAAGUGGCAUCAGCGCCUCCACACUGCGAGAUGAUCUUUUCAACCUCAGAACAAAAUUCGGAAAUCAAGACGACAGAGAUGCCUUUAGGGACGUCUUGAAGGAGAUGGGCGAAGACUGGGGCAAGAUCAACUCUGCGGAAGAUGUCGAGAAGAUUAUAGCAAAGAUGGAAGAUUACGCACGGUCGAUCGAUGCCGAAAUAGAACAAGCAAGCUCUGAUCUGCCCAAAGGAGUGCUGGAACAGCUCAUCGGGGACGUGCCUGAAUUAUCCUUGGAAGGAGAUGAGUCCUUUGACGGAUCUCGAGACUCAAUACCACAAGUCCGCAUAAAUCUCGACGAGACAAAGGCAAACCGAAGGCGAAAGCUAAACACAUUCAACUCCGUCGUCACACGCUUCAUUCUUGCGGAGAAGCAAUCAGGAUUGAAGCAGAAGGCAGUACAGUCCCUAUACAAAUCAUAUCAUGCGACGAGACCGGCGUUGGCCCAAAAUUGGAACGAUGUUCCACCCGCUUUGUGGGAGGUCCUGUGGAGAGCAUUCUCAAGUGAAAAGGACAGCCCCAACAGCAUAUCACGCAUAGCCCGGCUUGCUAGAGAUAUGAGCGAUGCCAAGGUUACCCUUAGUCCUGCACAACAGGUCCUAGCUAUCGAAGCCAUCUUUGUUGACGGAUGGGAGUCCAAGGCCAUUGAGAAUUGGAAACGGUGUAUCAGCACACUCGGGGCUGAAACCUCGGAGACAUUUCAAGACUUUUGGGAGCUCGGUGCGAGGAUGUACUGCCGUGUAGGCGACUUGGGGCAAGCAGAACGAGCAAUAAAUAAGCUCCUUGGCCGCAACAUGAGCCCACGUAUCUUGAUCCCGCUCAUCCGAACGUGCUGCGAGCAAGGAACAGAGGAGGGUCGACAGAAAGCCUGGACUACCUAUCGCCAAAUGAGGGAGCUUUUGGGGAAAGAAAUGACACUCACAGACUACGACCAAGUGAUUUCAUAUUUCCUGACUGCUCAUCAAGUCGAGAAUGCGCUGUACGCUUUUGUGGACAUGAUGAGUGAUGGUCGGAUUGAUAUGACGAGGCAAAGACACUUGCCUUCUGUUAUUGCAAACAAAUUCUUCCUAGGCAAGUGGCUCAAGCGACUAAUUGGCGCUGGGGAUCUGGAUGGUGCUUUCAGUGUAGUCGAGUUCAUGCGAGGAAAGGGAGUUGAGGCUUCGCCGAUACAAUUGAAUGGCCUCAUUGGGGCAUGGCAACGGUCAGGAGGUGCCGAUGAUCUUGAGAAGGCCGAUGCUCUUGGCUGGAACAUGAUUGAGUCCAGACUCAAGUUUGUCGCCAGCAGAAAGUCUGGCAGUGGCGUCUCCAGCACCUAUACCAUGCCAUUGCCAAAGGAUACCCCAGCGGGUUUCCCACGGGCUACUAUUGAAACGUUCUCUCUACUUGCUGAGAAUUACCGCCAGCGGAGCCUGCAUGGACGCUUGGAGGCGUUAUGGGAUGCCUUCCGCCAAGCAGAGAUUAGCCCUGACGCCUUCAUGAUGAACCAACUUGUCGAAUCGCUCAUGCACGAGGGCCAACCUCAAGAAGCACUAGCUUUGUAUCAUUCUCUCAUAGAGAGUAGCAAAGUUGUGCCUGAUCCAUACACAUUCAGUGCGCUCUGGAAGACACUUGGUGCGAAUCGAUACCAUAUCAGGGAUCCCGAAACUCGAGCAAAGGAGAUUGAGGCCACACGAGCCAUGUUUAAAGAAACCGUCAAGCACAGAGACGUAUUUCAACCUGACGGCAUCGAUGGGCAACUAGCUCGCAAAAUCCUUCACACUUUCCGCCGCCUCCAGGACAACGCAGGCUUCCUCGUUGCCAUCACCGCAUUCAAAGAAACAUUCAAGUUCCUCCCUCCCGAGACACUCGUCAUGGAAAUGGUCCUUGGCACCACCAAGCUCACCUGGGACACGCCCUCCCAGCGCGGCAAGCUGAUGGUGGCCAAGCGGGAGAUUGAUCGCGAGCUACUCGCGUGGGCGGACUUCAACACGGCGAAUCUCGAGGGCGACAAGAAGCGCGGCGCGGCGCUGUAUGCGUAUUUGCAGAAGAAGUUUUGGCCUGCGGAGGGCAAGGAGGAAGAUAAGAGGAAGAUAUUUGUCGAGGUGGCGAGGCAGAUGGGGGUGUAUGAGUUGUUGGGCCCGAAGAAGGGCGCCGGCGGGAGGUGA